UGCUUGUUCACACAUCAUGUUAGAACCAUGGUUUGCUCCGCCAAGUUCAGCGACUCACAACACCUGGAAAGCCAUUUCGCUUACUGUAUAGAAUAUUGCAGUCAUGGUAGUCGUCUUCACUGUCUUCCAGAUAUGUAGUCUCUCUACUCAUCAGUCACUCGCCUGCUAUCAACAUAGUUCUUCAGACAGCCUUCAAAGAACACCCAUUUCCAAACACAUCGCAUCAAAGCCAAAGUCAUGACUACCGUCAGCACCCCAUGUUGGGCCUGCUCCUACGCCGACUCACAAGACCAAGUCAACUAUCUAGUCUGCUGUCCGUCGCCUUCACCACCGCCGCCUGGAACACACUUGCCCACCCCAAUCACCGCAAAACAACGAUGGUCUAUGCCCACCAUCUGCGCCUCUACACUGAAAAAGACAUGGAAGAGCUGCGGCUCCGAAAUCACACAAGAAUGGCGCGAAACACUCGAUUGGAUGAAUACGCUCAAUCCAAAGAGACUUCACACACCACCAGAGGAAGUGAACUUAUCGUAUGAGCGGCAGAAAGCUCCCACGGUGGUACUGAAAAACAGCGAUUAUUUCGAAGGCACACCGACUAUUACGCUUACAUCCGCGUCACCCACCUCGCCGCCUACAAUGAAUCUUACUACUUGGCACACGCUUGAGCAGCGUGUUUGGUCGAAGGCCGACGUACAUAUUACAACGAUACCUCAUAUACAUAAUAAGAAGCACAGGGGAAAGAGGCUUGAUUGCGGAAAAUGCAAGAGGGAUGAAGAGGUGAAUCGGAAAUGGAUGGCGGCUAUGGGAAUAGAUAGAGAGGGAGUACGUGGACGCGGUGGGUGUAUUGUGAUGAUGAAGGGAUUUUUUAUGGGGAGAGGACAUAGGGUGUUGCGGUAGCUGUGCUCGGUUGAGGUGGACACGUAAUGAUCAUUCAAUCAUGUACCCGUGAACCUAGUUAUUUUAGCGGUUAAAUCCAGAUUCACACCUCAUUCGAAUAAGAAUCUGAACACUGGAGCCUACAUUGGCGGUGGGGUUUCUACUUU